GCACUAAGGAUUGCAACUCAACAAAUGAAACUACAGGAACAGGAACCAGUAGUAAUGAUAAUUUAUCAAUAAAUUCUACAAGUGGGAACAAAACCUAUGGAGGUGGAAGAUGGACCAGGAAUGUGUCACUGUCCAACAGGGCAUUAAGUGAUUCGAACAAUGUAACACAGCCCAGCCCAGUCGUUAUUCUGAAGGCAGAAUAUAUUGGUGCCACUUCUGUCAACUUAUCGUGGGUAGUGAACGACACUGCUUCUGACUCCUACACGUACAGGAUAGAGGUUGUAAGUGACGCCUCUGCUAGGAACCUGACGUCCACUGUCACCGAAGUUGAAAUCACAGAGUUAGUCCCUGGGACGAUGUAUGAUUUCACAGUGUUUGCAAUAGUGAAUGGCAGUCAGGCAGCAGAAGGAGUGUCCAUAAGCCUGUAUACAAAGCCCAGCCCAGUUCUUGAUCUCAAGGCGGACUAUGUUGGUGUGACUUCAGUCAACUUAUCAUGGGCAGUGAACGACACUGCUUCUGACUCCUACACGUACAGGAUAGAGGUUGUAAGUGACGCCUCUGCUAGGAACCUGACGUCCACUGUCACCGAAGUUGAAAUCACAGAGUUAGUCCCUGGGACGAUGUAUGAUUUCACAGUGUUUGCAAUAGUGAAUGGCACAGAUGUUCUUGCAGGUUGACAGAUGUUGUCUUGCCUUUCAGAGCCCAGCCCAGUUCUUGAUCUCAAGGCGGACUAUGUUGGUGUGACUUCAGUCAACUUAUCAUGGGCAGUGAACGACACUGCUUCUGACUCCUACACGUACAGGAUAGAGGUUGUAAGUGACGCCUCUGCUAGGAACCUGACGUCCACUGUCACCGAAGCUGAAAUCACAGAGUUAGUCCCUGGGACGAUGUAUGAUUUCACAGUGUUUGCAAUAGUGAAUGGCAGUCAGGCAGCAGAAGGAGUGUCCAUAAGCCUGUAUACAAAGCCCAGCCCAGUUCUUGAUCUCAAGGCGGACUAUGUUGGUGUGACUUCAGUCAACUUAUCAUGGGCAGUGAACGACACUGCUUCUGACUCCUACACGUACAGGAUAGAGGUUGUAAGUGACGCCUCUGCUAGGAACCUGACGUCCAGCGUCACUGAAGCUGAAAUCACAGAGUUAGUCCCUGGGACGAUGUAUGAUUUCACAGUGUUUGCAAUAGUGAAUGGCAGUCAGACAGCAGAAGGAGUGUCCAUAAGCCUGUAUACAAAGCCCAGCCCAGUUCUUGAUCUCAGGGCGGACUAUGUUGGUGUGACUUCAGUCAACUUAUCAUGGACAGUGAACGACACUGCUUCUGACUCCUACACGUACAGGAUAGAGGUUGUAAGUGACGCCUCUGCUAGGAACCUGACGUCCACUGUCACCAAAGUUGAAAUCACAGAGUUAGUCCCUGGGACGAUGUAUGAUUUCACAGUGUUUGCAAUAGUGAAUGGCAGUCAGACAGCUGAAGGAGUGUCCAUAAGCCUGUAUACAAAGCCCAGCCCAGUUCUUGAUCUCAAGGCGGACUAUGUUGGUGUGACUUCAGUCAACUUAUCAUGGGCAGUGAACGACACUGCUUCUGACUCCUACACGUACAGGAUAGAGGUUGUAAGUGACGCCUCUGCUAGGAACCUGACGUCCACUGUCACCGAAGCUGAAAUCACAGAGUUAGUCCCUGGGACGAUGUAUGAUUUCACAGUGUUUGCAAUAGUGAAUGGCAGUCAGGCAGCAGAAGGAGUGUCCAUAAGCCUGUAUACAAUAAACCUGUCUGCAGAGGAGUUAGAGAGCACAGAAGAGGUCAGCGUACUUAGUGUGCUAAAUACUUCUCUUCCUUAUAGGUGUUUUGGGUUUUGUUUUCUUUUUUCAACAGUUCCUGCCUUAGUAAAUUCAUUUCAGUGUGAACCAGUGCUCAAGGAGUCUUCUCUAAUGCUGAAGUGGGAAUGUCCUCCUGGUAACAAUUCUGGCUUCAAAAUUAAAAUAUUUAACGAUACAUGGGAAAAAGAAGAAUGGGCUCCAUCCUGCAUGGGAGAAGGCUCAGCAGAAACCUUCACAACAACAUCUUUAGAUUAUUUCAGCACCUAUACUGUUACUAUUGCAACUCUUUCAAGUGCUUCUGAAAGUGAUCCAGUGCAGAAAAUGUGUAAUACAAGCAUUACUGAUCCACCUGCUCCAAGCAGAGGUCCUUUAGUCAAGGCAGUCAGUCACAACUCGUUGGCUGUAGAAUUCUCUGCCUUUGAGUCAGUGAAUGGGCCAUUAAAAGCCUAUGCAGUAAUGAUCACAACAGAAGAACAAGGUUGUGGGUCUUUGAAGUCCAAAUUGAACAAUACAUACGAAGAUUUCAAGAAGAAGAUCACAGUCACCUACGUAACAUAUGUUGUAGCUACAGAGCAGCCAAAAUCACCUUUUCGUUCUCAGAAUGAAACAUUAAAUGUUAACGUGGGCAAUGGAGACAAACUGCAGGGCUACAAAAAUGGACCACUGAUUCCACUUCGUUCAUACAGGGCAAGUGUUGCAGGUUUCACUAACAUAACCUUUAAUAUGGACGGCAUCAUUGUGGCAGAAGAUAGUUAUGUAUCAUUUUCACCCUGUUCUGAGGCAGUUUUGCUACCGCAGGAUCCAGGUGUUAUUGCUGGAGCCAUUAUUGGAUGCCUUGUAGCUAUAUUGGCUGUAGUCACUAUAGGGGGUUUCAUAUUCUGGAGAAGGAGAAGGAAAGAUAAAAGAAAUACCGAGGUGUCCUUUUCUCCAAUUAAAGUCAAGAAAUCAAAGAUGAUUAAAGUGGAGAACUUUGAGUCCUACUUUAAGAAGCAGCAAGCUGACUCCAAUUGUGGUUUUGCUGAAGAAUAUGAGGAACUCAAGUCUGUUGGUGUUCAUCAGCCCAAAUUUGCCGCUGAACUUCCUGAGAACAGGGGAAAAAAUAGAUACAACAACGUCUUACCGUAUGAUAUUUCUCGUGUUAAACUUUCAGAUCAGAGCUCUGCAUCUGAUGAUUAUAUUAAUGCAAACUAUAUGCCUGGGUAUAACUCAAAGAAGGCAUUUAUUGCUGCACAGGGUCCUCUACCCAAUACUAUAGAAGACUUCUGGUCCAUGAUUUGGGAAAAGAAUAUCUACUCUAUUGUUAUGUUGACAAAAUGUGUUGAACAAGCCCGGACAAAAUGUGAGCAAUACUGGCCAGACAAACAGCCCAAGAGCUAUGGUGACAUCACUGUGACAAUGGUCUCGGAGGUCGUCCUUCCAGAAUGGACAAUAAGGGACUUCACUGUAGAAAAGUCCAACACAGCAGAGGGCCAUACGGUGCGCCAGUUCCACUUCACCUCCUGGCCAGAUCACGGAGUGCCAGAGACAACAGAGCUUCUCAUCAACUUUAGACACCUUGUUCAUGAGUACAGCAGUCAAAAUCCAAUUGAAUCUCCUACUCUGGUGCACUGCAGCGCUGGUGUUGGGAGGACAGGGACAUUCAUUGCCAUUGACCGCCUGAUUCAGCAGAUUGAAAUGGAAAAUAUGGUGGAUGUGUAUGGAGUGGUGUAUGAUCUUCGCAUGCACCGGCCUUUAAUGGUGCAAACUGAGGACCAGUAUGUCUUCCUAAACCAGUGUGUUAUGGAUAUUAUUAGAUCUCUGAAAGACAGGAAAACCGAUCUUAUUUACCAAAACAUGACAGCAAUGGCAAUCUAUGAAAAUGUCACACCUGGGGCAGGCUUCGGGAAGGCCAAUGGCUACCACACAUAGCCUGGGAGGAAUGCGGUGUCUCCAGGAGGUGUUACCUGCGCAGAGGAAAGAGAGAUGUUCUACUCAUGUUCUCUGGGAUUGUGUGCAGUGUCUUGUGUCUGGCUUCUCCAGUUCUGUCUACAUUCGAAGAUGUGAUCUGCAGGAGGAAAAACACAAUGCUGGCAGGAGCUGCAGAUUGGUAUUGAAAAAGACAAAAAACCAAGCAAAACU